AUGGUGUCUGAACGCGACGAAACAGGAGAUGAAAGCCAAACUCCCACGGUAGCUGAGGAGAAGGAAGAAGCCGCGCGGACUGUGCAAGACUCGGAGAAGGAUGAAAGUGGACCCGCCACCCCGACGGGAUCACAGACACCAGAGAAGCAAGAAGCGUCUUCUGCGAACGACGAGAGCCACGAGCCUGCAGCCGCCGCGACCGCCGAAUCAACGCCCGCCGUGAAACAAGACGUCUCGACCGCAACGAUCGAGAAGCGUAGCAGCUCAGUCGCAGAACAAGAUGCACAAUCCGCGCCCGAGGACAAUGCGGCUCACCACGUGCAUGGCAUUGCCCGCAUCAUACUGGUGUUUGGGCUUUGCGCAACCACCUUUAUCAUCGGUCUGGAUCAAAUGAUCAUAGCCACUGCUAUACCCAAGAUCACAACCUUGUUCAAAAGCUUAGACGAUGUCGGCUGGUAUGGCUCAGCUUACUUGCUUUGUAUCACUGCUCUGCAGCCAAGCUUCGGAAAAGUGUAUACAUACUUCGAUGUCAAAUGGACGUUCGUCACGGCCCUCGUCAUCUUCGAAGUGGGCUCGACCAUCUGCGCCGCUGCUACGAGCUCUCACAUGCUGAUUGUCGGCCGCGCAAUUGCUGGAACCGGAGGCGCUGGGCUGUAUUCAGGAGGCAUGACUAUGCUGGCCUACGCGAUCCCCCUCAGCCAGCGAGCCAUCUAUCUUGCCUGCCUCAGCUCCAUGUUCGGCAUCGCCUCCAUCGUCGGGCCGAUUUUGGGAGGAGUCUUCACCGAUCAGCUGACUUGGCGUUGGUGCUUCUGGAUCAAUUUGCCAUUUGGUGGACUGACCAUUGUGACCGUCGCUGGAUUCUUUAAGAGCCCAAAGCGAGACUUUAGUCACAUCACCUUCAAGCAGAAGAUCAAAGAAAUGGAUCUCAUUGGCGCCUUUUUUCUGAUUGGAGCCAUUGUGUGCCUUCUCCUGGCGCUUCAGUGGGGAGGCAUCACAUAUCCUUGGAAGGACAGCAAAGUAUGGGGCUGUCUUCUCGGAUUUUGCCUUUUGAUUCUGAUCUUCAUUGGAAUCCAAGUCAGAAGAAAAGAACAUGCAACCAUCCCCGUGCAUAUCAUGAAAAGAAGGACAAUCAUUGCGUGUGCGCUGGUACUCUCGCUCUUGUCCAUGGGUGUUUAUACUCAUGUUUACUGCGCAAUAGCUGACAUCGGCGUAGAUCUUCCAUUCUACUUCCAAGCCGUCAAAGGCGUGACAGCUGAGCAGAGUGGCAUCCGCUGCAUUCCGUAUCUGAUCUCAAAUACCAUCGGUAGCAUUUUCAUUGGCGGACUUGUUACGAUAAUAGGCUACUACACUCCGUUCAUUUAUAUAGGAUGUUGUCUAUUCACCAUUGGCUCUGGCCUGAUAUAUACCUUGAAGGUCCAAUCUCCAGCAGGACGGUGGAUUGGCUACCAGAUAUUAGCAGGGUUUGGAGCAGGCGGUUCCAUCCAGCUGCCCUUCAUAGCAACGCAAGUCGUACUUCCAGCAAAAGACAUGCCGACUGGAAAUUCUCUCGCCAUCUUCUUCAAUUCUUUAGGAGGAGCAAUCGCUAUUUCUAUUGCAGAGAACAUAUUUUCCAAUACAUUGGUCAAGGAGCUCCCUAAAGUUGGGCUUGGAGAUUACACGGCGCUCAUCAUCGCCUCAGGUGCUCAAGGCUUCCGGUCGGUCGUACCCAAGAAUCUCCUCGGAGCGGCUCUUCAGGCAUACAACGAUGCGAUCACUACAGCGUUCAUUUUGCCUAUUGCUGUUGGCGGACUCGCAUUCCUGGGCAGUCUCCUCUUUGAAUGGAAGAGCGUGAAGGGCAAGAACUUGCUAGCAGGCGGGCCAGCAUAA